ACAUUUUCGCUUUACGACCUGGAAUUUCGCUUGAGAAAAAUGACGCAAAAUGACGGGACAACUGUCCCGUCAUUUUCUCUUGAUUCUGGAUAAGUCUAAUAUCAUUGCUUCUGAUUCAGUCCUUCAUUUUCAGCUAAAGACCUACGUUUCUAUUUUACUCGACAUUCUUGCAAAACGGGGAAGGCUGGAAAAUGUAACCGAUAAGCGGACGUUUUCAGCCUAUCGUUUUGAAUACGUUUUCGUGCCUUUAACGCUUUCUCCAUAGUGGCCCUUACCUGAGAAAGGCCCGCCAGUGCAAAUUUUAAAAACACGUCUGCUGAUCAAAACUCGUCAUUCACGAAAUACUGAAGGCGCACGCCUGUAUUUGAAAAUGGUUUCAACUUCGCAUUUUUGUGGAGUUUCUAGAACAAAAGAAUGUUGUUGUUGUUGUUGUUUGAUAGAUUGAUCAGUGCUUUAUGUCAAGGCGAUCAGACGGUUCGCUCCUGGUUUCUCUCGACUUUUAUACUGGGUCGCGCCUUGCCGCCGCGGUGAUAGAAACCUCUAUCGAGCACACCGUAUUCUAAAUUAUUUUCUCAGACUGAAGACUCAGAAAGCUCUUACUAUUCAGCUAAAUUUUUAAUCACGAGGCAUAACUCGCGAACUACAAAAAUACCGAGAGAACAAGAAAAGAUAGUAAUUACGCAUUCUUUUUCUUCUGUUCUUUCACGCCUCCUUUGUGCACAUGUCCAAAGUCACGUGCGGAUGUAGGAGAGGCACGGCACGCUCUUGUAUUACCACUAUAACAGAAAUCCGACCUUUCGUUUGCUAAUUAUCAUACACUUCAUUAUUGCUUCGAGAAGUGAAAGCGUUUCCUGCCAGAACUUCAUCAACUAAGCAUGAAUCUCAACACAGUAGACGCCUUCAGCGUGGCUUUCGCCAUUACUGUUUUUUUAGUGUUCGCCAUGGCUACAUCCCUCGUAUCUUCUACUUUGUUUUACGCCGUUUACAAGGAGAGAAAGCUUCGUGUAUCUUCAGCUAUGCCGUUGAUGAAUCUGUGCGCUGCCGGACUUGUUCUGGGACUCGUUUCUGGACUGUUCACAUUGAUAUGCGAUGUUAUACAGGUCAACGAAGCCGCGGAGUUUCUACAGAGCGCGAGAUGUUUCGUGGAAGAGUAUUCAAUCAGUGUCUAUUUCCAGGCAUUGUUCAUUAUCAGUGCCACAAGAUACGGUUUGGUUCUAUGUGGAGAAAAGCUCUGCCGUGUGACUGUCAAACAAGCUGUAGUGUGUAUCAGUGUGACCUGGAUUAUUUCUGCAGUGUAUGCAGGUCUUGUGGCAUUUUACCGACAGGAAGGAAACGGCAGGCCUCACAUCACGCAUCCACGAGGUGUUGCGGCCGGACAAGUUACAUUCCUUGGCUUUCUGCAUUUCGGGGCGCUGUGUAUCUACGCUAACUUAGCUAUUUAUUUUCACCAGAAGAAGGAAAAUUUACCACCCGAUUUUUAUAGCUUAGGGUCGAGCAGCCGGAGAAUGGCAGAAAGGAACAUUCGCACAUCGGCCAAGAACAUUCAAAUGAUUGUCUUAAUCGUGGGAACGUUGUGCGCAUGUCACUUGCCAUACCUUGGCAUUGUUACCACUGCGAUGUUUACAGGUCAGCUGUCACACAGUGUCAAAGUGCUCGCAGUCGUUGUGAUGCAAAGCGGAAUUUUACUCAACCUUGUUAUUAACGGCUACCUUAACAAACGAUUCAAGCGAGUUAUCCGACCAAUGCUACACCGCUUGAUCGACAAAAUCACCAAACACAAGAACAGACGAAGACAGAUCAACGAGCUACUUCCUCAAAACAAUUUUUCGUCAACCAGGAUCAGCUUCAACAUCUCCCACGAGAGUUACGAGUUAACCCGCAGCAAACUUGCAUUCUUUUACCGCGGACCUCUCUUCUAUCCCCAGACCCACUCAAGUCUUUUAACUGUCGGGGCCUCGGUACGAUAGUUUCAAAGUCUCAAUUCUAGGUCCCGCUCGGCUUUGAUUGCGAGGAAGACGCCACUGAAGUUGUGGUUACUAGUUUUAUUGAAUGACACAAUAAGAUCAAGGCAAGUUUUGUAAUCUAUUUUAUCACUUUCAGUGUAUUUAUUGAUUCAAGUCAUUAAAGCUUAGUAUGGUAUUUUUAUUAUCAUCACUACAUUGUGGAGGUUUAGGUACAUCUACAUAUACCAUUACCCAUACACUAACCUAAAAACUGUAAGAUCACCGGCAGACAUUUUCAUCUCGGCAACGCAAAAACUUAAAGACAGUCCAUGGCAGAAAACAAGGAUCCAUUCUUCCUCGUUAACACCAGGUGAUUUAGCAGCUCUCGUAAGGUCUCACAUGAGUGGCUUGCUACCCUUUGAGAGAA